AUGAACACUACUUAUUUAAUAGUUCUUUGUGGUCAAGGACGUUUCUGCGUUUUCUACGCUCGCACUAUCAAUAUUGGAUAUUGGAUAUUGGAAGCAGACCUUAAUGAAGCCCUUCAGUUUAUAAUUAUACCUGUUUUCAAAGUCGUAAAAUAUGAAAAUUCGAAUCCUUUUUUCGUUUCUUUAUUUGAGGAAUCAGAUUAUAAAUUGCCUUCCUCAAAUCCAGAGUUAUCAAAAUUCGUUGCUCCAAUCGACCAUCCAGAGGCUGAACAAGAUGUUCAUCAAAUCCAGGCACCGGUUCAAGUACCAUCAGUUGUCAGCCCAGAUGAAAUCACACCAGCGCUUCCUAUCAAGCAGGCUAUUGCUUCUCCGUCAAUUGAUGCUUUCAAAGAGGGAACACCUGUUACCCAGGAAGAAACUCAAGGUGGACUCCCAUCGAAUGCAACAGUCGCUAAAAUGCGUGAUAAAGUCAAAGAGAUGAUGAAAUUUGCUUGGAAUGGUUAUGCCACAUAUGCAUGGGGAAGCAAUGAAUUGAAACCGAUUGCAAAAAUGGGUCACUUGCCUUCUGUACUUGGUAGUCUACCGAUGGGGGCUUCAUUAAUUGAUGGUCUGGACACUUUGUACAUAAUGAACUUGAAUAAGGAGUUCGACGGUGCUGUAGAAUGGAUUGAAAAUAGUUUGGAUUUUGAUAAGCCCAGUACUGUGUCAGUAUUCGAAUUCAAUAUCAGAUAUCUUGGUGGCCUACUGUCAGCGUAUACAUUCACUCAAAGACCUAUCCUACUUAAGAAAGCGGUUGAACUUGCUCAACGUUUAUUACCUGCGUUUGAAACACCUAGUGGGAUUCCAAUGAGUCUAGUCAAUUUGAAAACGUAA